GCGGGCAAGUGAGCGGACACUUCCAAAACGCGGUCAAGCAUAAACAUCGUUCAGCCAUCCGUCCUUCAGUUUCCUCCUGAAUUUCUGUGCGCGAAUACAGAACACUUUACGGUAUCGCGUGUUUUCUGAGCUGACUGAGGCCAUGUCAGCGGUGUGGAUCAGCUCCUCUCUACUGAGGUCCAGGGCAACUCACCUCAGACAGCUCAGUGUGUUCUCUAGAAGGGCUGUGUUACAACCUCUACAUGUGGUCUCCUCACUACAGAAGACAUGGACACCUGGGAACCCAACCUGGUGCUGUAGAUCCCUCCAUGUGGACAGUCCCCCCCUGGUCCCAGGGCAGAGCUUCAGCUACGUCCAUGGGGCCUCCUCAGUGUCCCUGCUGGGCCAGACGGUGGGUCAGAGUUUGCAGGCGGCAGCUGACCGCUGGCCCCACAGAGAGGCCCUGGUGUUCCUGCAGGAUGGAGUCCGUAAGACCUUCUCCCAGUUUCAGGAGGAUGUUGACCAGGCCGCUGCAGGUCUCCUGGCCCUGGGUCUGAAGAGAGGGGACAGACUAGGAGUCUGGGGGCCCAACACAUACCACUGGAUCCUGUUUCAGUUUGCCACAGCCAAGGCUGGCAUCAUACUGGUGUCAAUAAACCCAGCCUAUCAGCUGAAGGAGCUGGAGUUCACCCUGGGGAAGGUGCAGUGUAAAGCAGUGGUGUGUCCCACCCAGUUUAAGACCCAGAGGUUCUGUGACAUGCUGAGACAGAUCUGCCCAGAGAUGGACACAGCAGAGUCAGGGGUCUUUAGGAGCUCCAGACUACCAGACCUGCGUAUGGUGAUUGUGACAGACAGCAGACAGACAGGGACUGUACAUGUAGAGGAUGUGAUGCAGGCUGGAAGCAGACAGCACCACCAGGAGCUGCAGGACCUGCAGACCAAACUGUCCUUCGACGACCCCAUCAACAUACAGUUCACAUCCGGAACAACAGGAAAUCCUAAAGGUGCCACCCUCUCCCACCACAACAUCGUCAACAACGCCUAUUUUGUGGGUCUUCGUCUGGGAUUCAACUGGAAGCCUAUAAGAGCGUGUGUUCCUGUUCCCCUGUACCACUGCAUGGGCUCAGUGUUAGGAGCGAUGUGUUUGGCACUGCAUGGCAUCACCCUGGUCUUCCCCUCUGCUGGGUACGACAGCCGUGCCAACCUGGAGGCCAUUCAGAAUGAAAGGUGUAAUUUCCUCUACGGAACUCCUACCAUGUACAUUGACAUGCUUGGACAGCCUGACCUACACAACUAUGACCUGUCAUCAGUUGAAUCUGGGUUUAUGAGUGGGUCUCUUUGUCCUCCUGAAGUCAUGAGGAAACUCAAAACUGAUAUGAAUGUAAAUGAUAUGAUAAUAGGCUAUGGGACCACAGAGAACAGCCCUGUAACAUUCCUUGGUUUCCUGCGAGACAACGAGGAACUGAAGACCGAGACGGUGGGAUGUAUCCUGAACCACACUGAGGCGAAGGUGGUGGAUGUGUCCUCUGGAGAGGUGGUUCCUCUGGGGGAUCCAGGAGAGCUGCUGAUCAGAGCUUACUCUGUUAUGCUGGAGUACUGGGACGACCCAGACAAGACCAGUGAGGCUAUCGCCAAAGACCGCUGGUACAGAACCGGUGACAUAGCCAGUCUGGACAGGUUUGGGUACUGCCGUAUAGUGGGACGUAUAAAGGACAUGAUCAUACGUGGAGGAGAGAACAUCUACCCUGCUGAGAUAGAGAAGUUCCUUCACACCCAUCCCAACGUACAGGAGGCCCAGGUGAUUGGCGUGAGAGAUGAGAGGUUGGGGGAACAGGUGUGUGCCUGUAUCAGACUGAAGGAGGGACAGGACUGUAGCAGAGAGGAGAUCAGAGACUUCUGCAAGGGACAGAUUUCUCACUUCAAGAUCCCCCACUAUGUCUUGUUUGUGGACAGCUAUCCACUGACUGCCUCUGGAAAGAUCCAGAAGAAUAAACUGAGGGAGGAGAUGGAGAAGAAGCUGGGUCUGUGAUGGACAGAGGGACCUAGACAGACUGGGCUAAUAGCCAACCCACACUGAGCACCGUUUCCGCCCGAGGUGAUCUCUGGUUAAACCAUCAAUAAGCACAAAGAUCAUCCGCACAGUGAAUCUGAAUUACAACCACUGACAUUUAGUUGUGGCUGCUGCCAACAUGUUAAUUUUUUACUAUUUUGUCCUCUGGUGGGUAAUAUCUUCAGAUGAAUCACUUAACUAUUUGACAAUCAUUUUGUUCAAAUGAAAUGAGGCAUUUCCUUGUUUACCACAGAGAAUCUACUGUGGCAAUUGACCCUCCACAUGUUAUGAAUGGAAAGGUCAGGUUGGUGUAAUUACUUGUAUUUCCAAUGUAUGUAAUCCAUUAAUGAGUAAUCCAUCCAUUAAUAUUAUCCAUUAAUGAGUAAUCCAUUCAUUAAUAUAAUCCAUUAAUGAGUAAUCCAUCCAUUAAUAUAAUCCAUUAAUGAGUAAUCCAUCCAUUAAUAUAAUCCAUUAAUGAGUAAUCCAUCCAUUAAUAUAAUCCAUUAAUGAGUAAUCCAUCCAUUAAUAUAAUCCAUUAAUGAGUAAUCCAUCCAUUAAUAUAAUCCAUUAAUGAGUAAUCCAUCCAUUAAUAUAUUCCAUUAAUGAGUAAUCCAUCCAUUAAUAUAAUCCAUUAAUGAGUAAUCCAUUCAUUAAUAUAAUCCAUUAAUGAGUAAUCCAUCCAUUAAUAUAAUCCAUUAAUGAGUAAUCCAUCCAUUAAUAUAAUCCAUUAAUGAGUAAUCCAUCCAUUAAUAUAAUCCAUUAAUGAGUAAUCCAUCCAUUAAUAUAUUCCAUUAAUGAGUAAUCCAUCCAUUAAUAUAAUCCAUUAAUGAGUAAUCCAUUCAUUAAUAUAAUCCAUUAAUGAGUAAUCCAUCCAUUAAUGGGUAAUCCAUUCAUUAAUAUAAUCCAUUUAAUGAGUAAUACAUCCAUUAAUAUAAUCCAUUAACUUGCCUUUAUAAUCAAAAGGGGAACAUACAAUAUCCCUGAACUGUCCACAUCUAACAUUGGUAACUAAAUCAAGCCAAUCAUGAUUUGAGUUAAUAUAAUCUGUUUUCAUUAAGGACUAUGUGUCUGCUUCAAGGGUUGAGUUAAUAUAAUCUAUGUAAAAUGGCCGACUGUGUGUCUUCUUUAAGAGUUGAGUUAAUAUAAUCUACGUAAAAUGGCCGACUGUGUCUUCUUUAAGAGUUGAGUUAAUAUAAUCUACGUAAAAUGGCCGACUGUGUGUCUUCUUUAAGAGUUGAGUUAAUAUAAUCUACGUAAAAUGGCCGACUGUGUGUCUUCUUUAGAACCACUAAUGUUUUCUGUUCAUUCCUUUUAGUCCUUCACCAACACACGAUUCAACAUAAACAAUAGAUGCCUAUACUUUUCAGUCUCAGCCAUGUUUAGCUGAAUCAGGUUAAAGAGUCCAGCCGGGAUCUUAAAAACUACCUGCGUUUCCAACGUUCCGUUUUGAUCUCACACAUGGAUAAAACGCCACCUGUAACGUUCUUCUGCCGGAGAAAGCCACCCUAUCCUGACAUUCACCGCUUGACCUCGGCUUAAUCUGUGUCCAGGAAACUGGCCUUAAAACUGGUCCACCUCUUCCAGAACUCUACAACUAUCAUUGGGAGUGCUUGCUUAUCCUAUGAUGUCACGAACCGGCUCAAAGUUCCUAACAAAAGGGAACGAAUGACAAAAUAUAGUCAACUGAAUACAAUUAACAAUGGUGUUUAAUCAGUAGUGUGUUUUUCAUGCAUACAUGUGAUAAUGCUGGGUGUUGAAAGGUGCCAAAGCAAACAACAAAAUCUAUAAAGGUGUCUGCAUGGAGUCUCCUCCAUGAAUGGGGAAAUGAUGUAUACAUUUCAAUCAGGACUGACUAAACAGAAUACUAUUAUGUUACUGUAUGGAUGUAUGAAUCUUAUUAUAAUCUGAGUAUAAUGUGUGUAAUUAUAAUCAAGAAUCAGAACAAAGACUGUCUGUUCAUUGGUAGAAAUGAAUGAACUUAUCGUCAGACUGGCUAGAAUGCUUAUCUACACAGGGAGACCUUGGCCUGGUAGUAAAUGAUCUAAACCGGUGGUGGACGAUGUGGGAAGGCUUGUGAACUAUACUGCCAUUGUAUCAGAGUGGAGGAGGGACAGUUUAAAACCUAUGACGUCAUGUUUUAGUUUGUAAACUGUACCAUGAUCAGUACUCUCGAGAAUAAACGCUAUUGAUUGAUUUUGA